CAGUAAAUUGGAGUGUCGAAUUUCCUCCGCCACAAACCAGCAACUGUUUUCCCCGGAAGUGCCUCGCGUACAAAAUGACCCCCUUGGUAGGAUAAUGUCAGAAUAAUUUUGGUCAACAACGACACUCGCUCGAGCGCAUAAUGCAUGAUAAUGGUGGUAUCAUUUGAUAAUAACACACCGAUUAGCUCUCGGAAGGAUAAUGACGCCGUUAUUUACACAAUCAAGUCACUCCAACGCUGGCAUUAAACCCACAACGGACUGAGGCAAACACCACAGCGGAAGUUAUAUUACGUACAGAAAAGAAGAUGACGUGCAUCAUUAAAAUUGUGUUUCCUUGCCUUCUGCUGAUGGCGCUGUGUUCCUCACUUCCUGUCAAACGAGACGAAUCGGCAAAGAACAUGUUGAAACAGAGGCGCAACGGAGUGGAAACCACCAGGGACCAUUCCAUCCAGCUGAUAGUCACGGGCAUCAAACCCAUGGACAACGAUUCUGACAACCAUAUAGACAGGCACGAGUUGGAAAAUAUCUUCCGCUAUGUGAACAUAAAUUUGGAUGAGGAUUCGGCGCAGUACCUCGCAGAAGAGGUAUUUAGCAGCAAGGAGUUUGAGCACAACGACGGAGAUCUCCCAAUCCACGAUUUGGCGACAUUCUUCAAUGAUAUUAACGACAUGGGCAUCUUCUAAUGAACGGAGUCACGGGACCUGGCAGUGAUGAACGCUUUUUGAGAUCUUUUGAGUAAAAGGAUGUCUAGGGAUGUGAGCAGCGACAUAUUCUGUAGAGUGACGUAUUCUGUAAGCAGAGAGGUCGUAUUAUGUAGGCUUUUCAACGCUGGUUCGUUAUUUGAAGCUUUCAUCGACAUAUUUACGCUAUAAUGCAACUCCUAAUAACACCUGUGCAGCCUAUACAAACUUGUUUUCUAAGAACAAACAGCUUGUCAUUUACAGUAUAGCACCAAUGCUAAUGGAUAAUGUCUAUUCUGAUUAAGCUGCCAUUGUUUUUCUCUGCAUCAGUCUUUGUCAUUGUUGUUUGUUUACAGUUCAUUGAUUCAAUAUGAGAUGACAAUCCCAAUUUUAAAAAUAAAUCUAUAAUUUCUUCCUAAACAGUUGAGCAAAAAAUAUGCAGCCCUUGUUGUUCCUUUUAUGUAUACAAAUAUUCUCUAUUCUAAUAAUAGAAUAUUGCAAAAAUAAAUGC